AGAGAAGAGAACCGAUCAGAACAAAGAAAGAGAGAAAGGAGAGAGCAGUUCGCAGUUUUCGUCACUGUGCGUAGGGUUGAUUGUUCAGCCCAUAUCUUGAGCUUCACUCGUUCAAAUCAGGCGUGUGAGGUGUCCAGAGAAAGAUCUUAAAACAAGGAUUCUGGAAUGGUGUAGAUCGCGACGAUCGGAGUUGAGGAAGGCUUCCAAAUCUGCGUUGGAAAGUACGACCCUGCAGCAGGGUUUCUUCUUCUCUAGAGGUAGUGAACUUGCCGGGGAACACCUCUUCAAGAGGACUGUUUAGUUUCGUGGCAGGAGGGUGGAGCCAGCUGCUGAGAGCCGGCUGCUGAGCCAGCUGCUGAGAGAAGGCUGCUGCCCACUCAUUUUUUUAACGCAAGGAGUUAGCUCGCAACCUUCCUUGGCCGAGCCUUGGUCGUUGGAGCGUGAAAGGAAGUCUAAAGCUCUUUAAGGGCUCUAAAGUUAAAAAAUUCCGCUUAAAGACUAUUUCCCUGCUCAGUACUUGGUGUGCGGAAAAUAUGAUGAAGUAUCUGAUCUGAUAAAAUCAUGCUUAACUGCCGAACAAUUGCAACUGUUCCGCCAGCUACCAUGGGGCCAUCUUGUGGAUGUCUCGAACAUUCAAUUUUCUGCCCAAAUAGUUCAUAUGCUGCUUUUACGCCUUGUAGAGGAACAACCAGAAGAUGAACUCUGGUUUUGUGUUCACGGAAAGGUCUUAAAGUUUACCUUUGCUGAUUAUUGUCACAUCACUGGAUUACCCUCUACAGGCCAAAUGCCAUCCUCACCGGAGGAAGAUGGAGCUGGGGAAGAUGAGGUUGAAGAGAAAGAACCUGGGGCGGUGGCAACAAAGUACCUCGGUGGCUCAGUGGAUAUUACAUUUGAGAAGUUUAAUGAAAUACUUCAAAAAUUAAGGCCUUCCAAACGACGUGAUCCAAUACUUGCUAUGAAGUUGACCUCUUUGUACUUUGUUCAAUGUGUGUUGCUAGCAAAAGACAGAAACACGAGGAUAAAUCCUGACUUCAUAAGACUGGUCAAUGAUUUCGACAAAUUUAAAGCUUACCCGUGGGCUAAGGAGUCUUACAAUUUAUUGGUCACCGAUUUGAAGGGGUUAAUGGUUGGGCAACCAGAGAAGUUUAAAGCAAGCAAAGCAAAGAAAUCAAGUUAUCGGAACGCAAAGUUCACUGUUUAUGGUGCUCCAUUAGUUCUACAGGUUUGGGCGUACGAAGCAAUACUUUGGCAAGAAGGUGGGUGAUACACAAGUGCCGAUAUUAAACUGGAGUGCGGAUAGAAUCCUCAGGAUGACAAAGAUUAAAAAAACCGUCUUUCCUGAGGAGGAUGAAAUAGGUUCUAGUUCUGAUGGAGGACAAUGUGAUGAAGAUGAUCACUCAUUACAAAAUUUAAAAAUCAUGGAGCGGAUGCAGGACAUGUGUAUGUGUCUUCAAAGAAUGGAAAAACAAAUUGAUGCUUUUGAACAUAGGGUUUCUGAAAUGAAGGACCUAAUUCUUCAGUUGAUUAGCAAAGGCAACCCAUCAGGGAGUGACAACGAUAAGAGGCCUGAUUUUAUACCCCCCCAGGAGAAGAAGGAAGCAAACACUAUGGAUGAACAAGAGCCAAGUAAGGGUGAUGACACUAUUCUGUCUGGGGAACCAUCUACACUUUCAUGCCCCAUACAUCAUGAGGUCACUAGUGCUGAUGACAUUUUGACGCUUGAUGUGACUGAGGAUAAGAGGGCUGAUUCUAUACCCCUUGAGGAGGAGGAAACAAAUAGUGUGGAUGAACAAGAUCCAAGCAUGGAUGAGGAGAAAAUCUGGGAACCAUCUACAGUUGCACGCCCCAUACAUCAUGACCAUGUCACUUGUGCUGAUGACAUUCUGCCCAUUGUUGUGACUAGGGUGGGUGAGGACAAAUUCCCUCCUUUAACAACACCUGGCCCAUUUGAAACAUUGGAUUGGGACGGAGUUGUUGAGGAUAACGGGACCGGGGUGAUAGAUGUUGAGGCGCUAGAAGAAUUGACAAGGCAUGAAGUUAAAAAGAGAAAACGUUUUCGCUCUAAAUACCAGUGCACCCCAUACACAGACCCGCUUGGGAAACGGAAAAAACCCGCUGGCAACAAAAAUCCCGCCUUACUUGAAGCUAGUGAUGCUGACUAUGCCUCUUUGAAAGCUUGGAUGGAAGAGGAGGACAAUGUUGUUGAACCUUCCUCAUUUAUUCUUGAGCUGCCGUCACAAGAAUCUGUGAAAAGGGCCUUUUUCCAAGAACUUGUUGAACCUGAGGAGUGGUUAUCCACCUAUCACUUGGAUUCUCUUAUGUAUCUAUUUGCCAAAGGCAUGGUGGAGAAGCGCUAUGAAUUAAUGAGUCCUUACUUUGUGCGUCAACAUCUGAAGAAGGAUCCAGGGAAUGACAAGCUGUGGUGUGCGUGGGUUAAAGACAAGGACGUCACAGUUAUAGAAAAGGUUUUCACCCCCUUCAAUUGGGAAGGCAAACACUGGGUUCUUGCAGAGAUUGACAUUGUUCAUAGAGUGGUCCGAGUGUACGACUCCUUGAAGUCGAGUAGGACGGCUUCAUCUGUGGCCCAUUUGUGUGUUCGAUUGCCAUACCUUUGUAGGGCGAUAAACUGUACCCACACUGUUUGUGAAUCAGGAAACAUGGAACCUUGGAUAGCCAAGGCAGUCAACGAUGUCCCACAACAAGAAGGAAGUAGUGAUUGCGGUGUCAUGGUUGCGGCCUUUCUUGAGGCAUUGAUGUGCGAUAUACCUUUGAGGCCAUAUUGUGAGUAUGAGAAUGUGCAUUCAAAGCGAUGGGAGUUUGCUGUGCGGCUAUGGCGUGUGAGGCGAAUUAUGGCGUAGAUUGUAUUAUAUAAAGUUAUAUAACACCAACGCUGUGCUGCCCAGUUUUUUUUGUCAUAACUAGUGCAAUACAAACGCUGUUUUGUAAGGUUGAAUGGUGUUUUGUAAAGUUGACCUAUUUUGCCCAUAACUUAUGUUGUACAUACACUUAUUUUGGUUGUG